AGCAGGAAUUUCUGCUACACUGCAGCAUUGACACUUUCAUACACUGCUGAAGCAAGCACCCUAUUCCUUAUUAGCAGACUAAAAUCCUUAUUAGUUGGAACUAUGGACCUUAAAAGUAUCUUCGGUGUGGAUUUUACAGGAUCAGUGCUGCGGAGAUAUACCUGCAUUCUUCUGAUAUUAUCCUGCCACCAGAUACCAAGGUCCUUGGCUAUAGAAUUGAAAUAUAACGUGCAAGAAAAUGAAGAUGAAGGAGUAUUUAUUGGGAAUAUAGCCAAUGAUUUAAACUUAGCAAAGGACGUGGAAUGCGACUUACUGGCUUAUAAAUUCAUGAAGGAAAUGGAAUAUGUCAUGCUGAAGAGUGAGAGUGGGGAACUGUAUACAACAAAGCAGAUGAUCGACAGAGAAACUUUAUGCCCAAUUGAGGUCCAUGGCAGUCCUUGUAGCCAGGAAGUCAAUGUGAUCAUUCGAUGUGCCAAUCAAUACCUGCAAAUAGUGAAGGUUAAGAUAAUCAUUUUGGACGUCAAUGAUAAUGCGCCACAUUUUGAAGAAGAAGUGAUGGAGCUCCCUAUUCCAGAGAAUGCAGCUGUUGGCACAUCAUAUGCAAUAGAUUAUUUUGCCACCGAUAAUGAUACCGGGAAAAAUAGCAUUCAACAGUAUUACCUUGACAGCAGUCAGAAUGUAUUUGGCUUGAAAUAUGGUGACACACCCUCUAUUGUUGUCCUGCAAUCAUUAGAUCGGGAGAUAAAGAAUAUGUACGAGAUAAAAAUUAUAGCAAUGGAUGGCGGCACACCUCCAUUAACUGGAACAGCCACACUUCUGAUCAACAUUCAAGACAUUAAUGACAACUGUCCUGUUUUUAAUACAUCAGAGUUUGUGUUUCAGAUCCCGGAAAAUAUGUCUGCUGAUAGUGUGGUGACACAGCUUCAUGCUGUAGAUGCAGAUUUAGGACUGAACGCAGAAAUCACCUAUUCUUAUGGCACUCGGGUGCAGGAUAUAUCCAAGAAAUUGUUUAACUUAGACAGUGCCACUGGGCGCAUCACAUUUUCUGGAAAUCAAAGUCCAGCGACACAGCCUGAGCACAAGCUCACUGUCUUAGCUAAUGGCCCAGGUUGUGCCCCAGCCAUUGUUCAAAUAACAGUGGUCAUCAUUCACAACAAGAAGUAUGAUGCAAAGUUGGAAAUAAGCUAUAUAGCCAACCAGGUGGAUGGUGUGAUUUUCCUGAAGGAAACAGCACCCGUAAACACACCGAUUGCUCUGCUGGAGGUGAAUGAUCCUGACCAUUAUCUAAAAGGUAAACUCUACAUUAUUGGAAAUGUUCCCUUCUAUCUAAAACCCUAUGAAAGGGCAGGGAAAAAACAUUUGGUUGUCACAUCACAACAUUUAGAUUAUGAGCUCGAAAACCAGUAUGAAAUCACCAUUAAGGCUGAAGAUCCUCACAAUGUUCACGAACUAACAAUCCUUGUUCAGAUUACUGAUGAAAACGACAACACUCCACAAUUUCACCAAAGUCCCUUUGAAAUUUCCGUUGAAGAAAACAAUGAACCAGGAGCUUUAUUGCUGAAGAUUUUUGCAACAGAUGCAGAUAGUAGUCAAAAUGGGAAAGUGGCCUACCACCUGGGACCUGACGCUCCAACCAUCUUUUCAAUUGAACAAUUUUCCGGGAUUUUAACUGUGUCCACCACCUUGGACAGGGAGAAAGAGAAAUUGUACACAUUUACCAUUUCUGCGAUUGAUCAUGGAACCCCACCGAGAAGGAAGAGUACUAUUGUAAUCAUUCAUGUCUUGGACCAGAAUGAUAAUGUACCCUCUUUCCUCACUAAUGACUAUACAUUCUUUAUACCAGAAAAUUUCCCAAGUCAUGGAGAAAUUGGAGUUAUUAAUGUAACAGAUUUAGACGCAGGCCUCAACGGACACAUUAUCGUGUCAAUCCUGAAUGGCAGUAGUGAUUUUUUAAUGGACAAUGCCAGAGGAACUUUACGCUGCAAUUCUUCAGUGGACAGAGAAAGGAAUACCAUGCAUGUUUUUUGGGUGGAGGCCGUUGAUGGUGGACAACCAUCCCUCUCUGCUACAGCAAAAAUAACAGUGUUUGUCCUGGAUAUAAAUGAUAACCCUCCCAUCGUAUUACUUCCGCAGUCUAAUGCAUCAUGGCUUCUUGUGCCCCCUAACACGCCACAAGGAGCCUCUGUGGCUGAGAUUUAUGCUGUUGACUAUGACACUGGUAUUAAUGCUGUCAUGACAUUUAAUAUAGUUGGUAGAAAUGGCCCUGCACCACACAUCUUUGGAAUUAAUACAGCAACGGGAAAUAUUACAUUGCAGGAGAAAUUGUUGCACAAAGACUAUGGCUUGUACCAACUGCUGGUUAAAGUCAGCGAUCUCGGGCAACCACAACCACUCCAUUCCAUGAUAAUGGUAAAUUUGUUUGUUAAUGAGACUGUGAGCAAUAAAAGUUACUUGGAGGCUUUGUUGCACAGCCAAACUGUUUUCACAGAAGAGAAACAGACAGAGCCAAACCCAUGCCCCUUAUUGCAGACAUUGGACUUUCCCUGCUCACCUCCUGUAAUUCCCAUCGCCGUCGCUAUGAUUGUGGUAUCGGUAAUCUUCCUUACCAUUGCUCUUUAUAUGCUGCUGAGCAUGAGAAAGAAAACCAAAAGGAAAGAACUUUACAAAGAUGCCCAAAUACCACUAAAAAUAAACCUUGACUACUACACGAAAGACUGGAAUGAUGCACAAUUAUAAUGCUGAAAAGUUUGUUUGAAAAGCACAGGACAAACCGCAAUAAGAACAUGUUCAAUGACUCUUUAGAUUGAAUAGAAGUGAACCAUUUCAAAAACCUUUUUAUUUUUCAGAUUUAUAAAAAAUAUAUAUAUUUAUAACCUUUCCUCAACAAGUUGCAUUUUCACAAACACUUCAUAAAUGUUGAAUGAUUAUGACUGAGAUUUUUUGCGCAAAAUAUAAACACUGAUUAAUUGGAGUUCAAAAGAACUGCUAAUAAAACUUCUAACUGUAUAGAUCCAUUAAUAAAUGGAAAUCAGGCACAAGAAUGUUACAUUCGGCUUAGAUCAUAGAAAUAUUGAAUUAGGUAGCUUAAUUGUGAAAUACGCAUACCAUUGUUAGCAGGAUAACAAAAGAAAACAUCUAUUCUUUUAAAUAUCAAAAGGUAAAUCAUAUUGCUAUUUUUUGCAGUACAAUAAAGUAGUUUCAGAUGAUCUAAUUCCUUAGUUAUUUCUUUAGUACUUUAAUUCUUUAGUUCGCUCAGUUGUAUAUUUUAUAGUUUGAAAAUUCAGAUUUAGAGGAUGAAUCAAGAGUUAGAGAUGUUAUCUGGUAUGGUACUUUAAAAUUUGAACAGAAAGUUGAUUUCUAUCCUUACCACACAUGGACAGAAGUUGUCUCCCAUUUCCAACUCAUUGACCAGAAGUGUCUGUGAAUGGUUGGGCAAGGGUCACUCGCUGGACUACCAGACACUGCAGAAGGAGCAUAAUUAGUCCAUUCGGCCCGUCAAGUCUCCUUCACCAUUUAAUCAUGGCUGCUCUAUAUCUCCCUCCUAACCCCAUUCUCCUACCUUCUACCCAAUAACUUUUGACAUCCAUACUAAUCAAGAAUCUAUCUAUAUUUGCUUUAAAAAUAUUAAUUGACUUGGCUUCCAUAGCCAUCCAUGGCAAAGAAUUCCACAGAUUCACCACCCUCAAGAAAUUAAUUCCCAUCUCCUUCCUAAAGGAACGUCCUUUAAUUCUGAGGCUAUGACCGCUAGUCUUAGACACCCCCACUAGUGGAAACUCCACAUCCACUCUAUCCAGGCCUUCAGAUCCAAGAUUCCCAAGGAAGGAAUCAACAGGGAUCUAAGGAGAAAUUUGAACAUCGAAAAAGAUUGCCAUGCAUUUUGAAAGAUAACAUUGAAAACAAUUCACAUUUAAUCAUCUCUAUAUGUACACCUCUUCCUACAUUCUGUUUGUAAGACCAAUGACAGACAUAUGGGUAAGUGCAUAAGGACCAAUACAUAGCAAACUACCUGCAGAGGUGGUUGUGAAGGGCACAAUGCAUACCUAUGCAUUCAAGAGGUAAAAUGUAUAGGAAACUACAUGCAACGGAUAUAGGUUGCUACAUACUCAGAGUGGGAUGCUUGCAGCAGAGCGGUCCUAUACACACAACGUUAUCCCGAUGUAGAAUUCAAUUGGUGGGAACACUGGCUUUUCAUUUCAAACAUUUGUGUGUAUUUAAACUGAUGUAGCGCCCUUCAUUUUCAGAUCUGUUCUGCUCAUGAAGUGGAACUGGGAUUGUGCAUACUUGUGGUCUCAUUCUGCAAUGAAAAUUCUGCUAGGAGCUCAGUUUCUACAUUAAUUUACCCCAAAAGCAGGAAAAUCAUUGCUAUCAGGCUGGGUUAUGGAAUUUCACAUCCGUAACAUGCAAGGAACUAUGCAGCCCUGAAGAAUUCUUUGCAUUAAAUUGUCAGUGCAAAAAUCACCAGCUUAAAAGGUUUGAUACAUGUUAAGCCUUUGUUGUAAUCUAUCUUCACUUUGUUUAAAAUAAUUAAUUGAUCUUGGUGAACACAAACAAACAUUGAUUCAAUUCUGCUUUAACACGAGUGCUUCAUCAAACUCACAGCUGAAUUGCAGGGAUCUGGUUUACGCAGCAUUAGAACUGAGGUGCAUCCACACUUCAGAAAACCUUUGGAUCAAAGCACUCUCAUACAUUAGAUAAGUUUUAGACCAAAAUGGUUCAUUUGGAAUAGAAUACAAUAAUUCUGGCAAAGCCAAGUAUUUUGUUUAUAUUAGAAAGCAUUUGAGCAAUAGAGAUCAAAGCUAGAUUUUGAUUGCUAUAUUUCACAAAUUAGAGAUGAUUUGCAUAACAACCUGGCUAAGUCACAUAUCUCAAUCAAACUGUAGAGAAGAAUAUUUUUGGAAGUCCUCAUCAAACAACUCUCAUCAUAAAAAAAAGUUCAGUGGAUGUCAAUGAACAAAUUUGCAUUUUAGUAAGUGUAUGGCUAAUUAUUUUUCAGCCAAACUAAAACUAAACAUUCCCUCAGCUUUAAUGCUAAUUAUGAGAUUUCCUUUACUUCAUAAAUCUUUGUUUCACAGAUAUUCUCAACUAAGUACUGAUAAAUAUGGACAAUUCCCAUUAUAAUGCUAGCUUGUCCAUGAAUGUUACACUCAGGUGCUCUCAGAGGUCCAGAAUGUGUAAAUUCAGGAGCAUUGUCACCAAUCAAAAAUUAAGUUCACUGAGAGUAGCAAAUCCCGAAUGAUAUCUAGGCUAAACAUGGGUUGGUUCUCCAGAAAUGUCUCCUACACGUCACUACGGUGACAUUUUUAUUUGUGCUUACUGAGCAGCCAUUCUAUUGUCAGCAAGAAAACAGUUUAACCCCAUAACUGUGUACAUAUAAAAUCUGAACUUCCAUAUCGAAGGUCAAAUAUAUAUUGAAAAAUGUAAUUGUUGUAUUUUGGGAUAUGCAUUAUAGAGAAUUAUAAAGCUUGUAAAUCACUGCACAUAUUUUGCAUGGAAUAUUAUUGGUGUUCUGUGAUGAAUAAAUUUUCUGCUGUUCUAUUA